UUCUGUGAUUUCUCCUGUAGUUCCUUUGACAAUUUUUUUUUCAAUUCUAUGACCUCUGAUUGCAACCACUUGCCAGAGGAAACAGUUUCUCCCUACAUCCUUCCUCAACAUCCUCCAUCAUUUUGACACCCCAAUGAGGGGCACCCCUACCUCCUCCACUCAAAGGAGAACAAUCCCAGUUUUCUCCAAUUUCUCCACAUAACUGAAUUCCCUCAUCCCUGAUAUCAUCCUGGUUAACCUCUUCAGUACCUGCUCCAAAGCCUUGACAUCCUAAAUUAUGGUACCCAGAAUUGCACACAGUACUCCAGUGAUUUGUGAAAUUUUGUUUUUGUAUUCGGUGCCCCUGUUUACAAAGCCAGUGUGACAUAUACUUUCUGAACUGUGGUUCUGCCACUUGCAAGAUAUCAAUCCCCAGAUCCCUCUGUUCUUGCUCCCCUCUUAAAAUAGUAUUAUCUACAUUAUACUGCCUCGCCACAUUGUUCCUCCCAAAGUACAUACUUCACGCUUAUUCACAUUAAAUUAAACCAUCAUGUGUCUGCCCAUUUCCCCAGUCUGUCUACGUCCCCCUGAAGUCUGUUACAUCCUGUUCACUAUUUGCUACACUGCCAAGUGUUGCAUCAUCAAAUGCCUUUAAAAAACUCAUAUAACAAACAUUUGCUGCAUUACCUUUAUCAAUCCUCUUUGUUACUUCACCAAGGAACUCAAUCAGAAUUUUCAAGAAAUCACCUCUCUGGAAGAUGGAAGCAGUUCAGCAAGUGCCCUCCAUAGGGUCUCUGCAUAUCCACACCCUCGCUCAAAAUCACCAGAGGUACCUUUGCUAUACCCGCCCUGGCCCUCAGAGCUUCAACCUGUGUGUUACAAAUGUUGUGGAUGUUUGGAGUACAGGUUUCAGUCCACAAAAGCUGGAAGAACAUAAAUCCACACAUGGGGUGAAAACUGCUGAAGAUUACCACUCUAGAACCAGAGAUGCUUUCCAGAAGGCCACUGUCAGCAUCACAGUCCUGGACAACAUAAUAUUACUGAAACUCAGCCAAGAUGACCUGGGGCUCACCUUUGACCUCUACAAGCUGCCCAUGUCUGAGGCUAAGAUGGAGAUCCAGUCUGUCAUGUUUCACCUGGUGGAUCAAGUACAUCAUCUAGAAAAGCAACUGAAAGCAUCUGAAGAAAGCAACGCUUUAAACCUUGAAAAGACGAUGCAGAGAACACAAAGGAUGUUUCUAUCAGACUAUGAAUCCAUGAGGAAGGGAAAUGGACCUGAAUCUUCACCAGUGGCCAAGAAGAGGCCUGCAGGAGAGUCCCUGAUAAAUCCAGGCAGUAAGAGAACAAAGGCUCCCAUUGGAGUGAGCUUUGAGGACAACAGCCUUGAUGAAAGUAGCGAGUGAAGCACCUGAUUGGGCACAAAAUGGAUUCGCUGGGGGUGUUUAUAAUGAAGUGUCAUUUACCAUAAUUUAUGUUUUAUAUACAAAGAUGGAUAUCAAUUUUUUAAAAAAGAAAUGCUGUCUCUGCUUGUUUAAGAAACAAUAAUGAGACCUUUUAUGUGGCUUUUUAAAUUGAAGAUUGAAAUUAAAAAGAAACUUGUUUCACAGUA